GCGGCGGGGGCAGCGGCGGCGACGGAGGCUCCUGAAGAGAAGGAGGCGGAGAAUCUGCUUUUCCUUUUCUCAGACCCCGAGAGCGUUCGGGGCGCCGAGCCCGGAACUGGAGGGACGCGCCGACGGCGGAGGGCCCGGCGCUAGAAUCUCCAGGACUUGACUGUUUGCAAUAAUACUUCUUGACAAGAAGUUGAUAUCUAGAAGCAAAGGAAAUUAACAGCUAGUGAGAAGAAUUUUGAACAAGAAGGAUUUUGUAUUUAUUGCAUUAACUACAACUUCUGUUGCUCAAUUCUAAAUCAGCAGUACUCUUGGAACCCAGGGGAGGAAAAAGAUUUUUUUUUUUUUGAGAGAAAAGAAAUUGCAAUGUCAAGGAAACAAAGCCAAAAAGAUUCAUCAGGAUUCAUUUUUGAUUUGCAGUCUAAUACUGUACUGGCCCAGGGAGGAGUGUUUGAGAAUAUGAAAGAGAAGAUAAAUGCAGUGCGUGCAAUAGUUCCCAACAAGAGCAACAAUGAAAUCAUCUUGGUUUUGCAGCACUUUGAUAAUUGUGUGGACAAAACAGUACAAGCAUUUAUGGAAGGUAGUGCCAGUGAAGUACUUAAAGAAUGGACAGUAACAGGCAAGAAAAAGAACAAAAAGAAGAAAAGCAAACCAAAACCAGCAGCAGAAGCAAAUAACUGUACCCCAGAUUCCAAUAAAUCAGUUUCCAAUCAAGAGGAGCAGUCUGCACGUUCCUCAGAGAAAGGUGGCAUUAAUGGUUAUCAUGUCAAUGGCUCCAUCAAUGAUGCCGAAUCUGUGGACUCACUCAGUGAAGGUUUGGAGACUCUUUCAAUAGAUGCCAGAGAAUUAGAAGAUUGUGAGUCUGCCAUGCCAAGUAGACUGGAUAUAACAGGAUCUGUACUGGAGAAUGGUGUCGCUGACUCUGAGUCCAAGUCUUUGACGAUGCGCUCUGUUAGGAAUGCUCAGCAGUCCAGGAAUGCUGCCAAGUUUCCCCUAACAUCCACCAUAGGAUCUCAAUUUUCAAAUCUGAGGGUAGAGGAUGUUCUGCUCUCCUCUACCAAUAAAAGACUAGGUUCUAAUAUUGAAAAAUCUGUAAAAGACCUCCAGCGUUGCACAGUGUCUCUUGCACGGUAUCGAGUUGUAGUUAAAGAAGAGAUGGAUGCUUCCAUUAAGAAAAUGAAACAAGCUUUUGCUGAAUUACAGAGCUGUUUAAUGGACCGAGAAGUGGCAUUGCUUGCCGAAAUGGACAAAGUAAAAGCUGAAGCCAUGGAAAUUUUGCUCAGCCGACAAAAGAAAGCAGAACUUCUGAAGAAGAUGACUGAUGUGGCUGUUCGAAUGUCAGAGGAGCAGUUGGUUGAGCUCAGAGCUGAUAUCAAGCACUUUGUUAGUGAACGUAAAUACGAUGAGGAUAUGGGUCGGGUAGCACGGUUCACCUGUGAUGUGGAAACUCUGAAGAAGAGCAUCGAUUCGUUUGGGCAAGUGUCCCAUCCAAAGAACAGCUAUUCAACCAGAACCCGAUGUAGCUCAGUUAUAUCUGUGUCCUUGAGUGAGCCCAGCGAUGCCUCUGCUGCUUCUUCCACCUGUGCCUCUGCUCCCAGCCUUACAGGUGCUCAUAAGAGAAACUCUGUACUGGGAGAGACUCCUGCAGCCUCAGCAAACUCCAGCAGCCGACCCUGCCAGCCUCAUCGGGAGGUAUUGCCGGGAAACAGACGAGGACGAGGCUAUAGGCCACAAAGCCAAAAGUCCAGCGACCCAACGAAUCAAGGGCGACAUGACAGUGUGGAUCAUUACAGAAAUAGUUCAUGGUAUUCAUCUGGUUCCAGAUACCAGAGUGCUCCAUGCCAAGCACUAGGAAAUACUAGUGAGUGGGGCCAUAUUCAUUCUACAGGGACCAAUGGAACUGAAGCCAGCAUGGAGCCUAGCCCAUCUAAGCCUUCAUUCAAAAAGGGGCUCCCUCAGCGCAAACCCAGGACCUCCCGGCCUGAAGCUAUGAACUCUUGAAAUUCCAUUUGGCCUCUUCAACCUGAUAACUGGACUUUAGGAAACAUACUUAGAUGUAAUAACAAAAGAAGUUCAUGUGUUAAUCACUUUUUUUGUGUUUCAUCCUGAAUGUUUUGGGGUUUUUCUCUCCCUAUAGUCUCUUUAUCAUUUUGGAGGGAAAACUUUUUCACCUUGAUCUUUCUCAAUGAUAGGACUGAUUCUUAUUGGUCAUUUUCAUCAAGAAUCAGGAGCAACUAUUACCAGGUUUUUCAGAUAUUUAGCAGCAGUGCACCAGGUCUUCCAACUGCCUGAAAAGAAGCCUUACUCUGCAACUCACACUGCUGAGACGUCUCAGGAGGAAGUAGGUCAGAGCUAGUCCUAGCACCUUUUCUGUCUAAGCAGACCUGCCAGGUUACCCCAAAUGUCAAUCUGAAUUUGACCAGAAGGAGCAGUAAGGGAAUUUUAUACUGAACUGGAUUAGCCAGAAAAGGAAAAUAAAAGUCAAUUGGUGAAAACAAGAGAACACUAGGAAAUAUAUGAGAGUCUGUCUCUCUCCCAGAAUGUGCCUGUGAUUUGACACUUGAAUGGGGGUUUCAGUCCCCUGCUUGGCACCAUAGCUUAUCCUGCAGUUUCUUCAAAAUACCCAAAGCCUUGUUUCCUGUUACCUUAGGCUAUACCUUAGGCUGUAAAGUAGUCCAAGGAAGUCUGUGGGAAAGUAGCAUUUAAUUAAAAUUUUUUAAGUUAAAAAAUAAUAUUUCAUUGCUUCAAUAUUUGGAGAUUUUUGUUGUUAACUUCUCUCCCCUUUUCCUGAAUCCUGUUCAAAUCCUGAACCAAAUUUAUAGCAAUAUAAUUAGUGUUAAUUUAAGGUGUUAUACAACAAAAAUUGCUGCAGAUCUUUAUAUGAAUAAAUAAAAGCAACUGCAAAAAUGUUCUCA